CUUCCCACCUGCCAAUUGCUGGAGUAAGAGUUGUCUUCAAUGGCCACCCUGCAGAAAUCUGUGAGCUUUUCCCUUAUGGGGACCCUGGCUGCCAGUUGUCUUCUUCUCAUUGCCCUGUCAGUGCAGGGAGGAGCAGCUGUGCCCAUCAGGUCUUACUGCAAGCUUAAUGAGUCCGACUUCCUGCAGCCCUAUUUCACCAAUCGCACCUUCAGGAUGGCCGAGGAGGUUAGUUUGGUAGAUAACAACACAGAUGUUCGUCUCAUCUGUGAAGAUAAACUGUACCAUGGAGUCAAUGAGAAUGAGCGCUGCAAUGUGAUGAAGCAGGUGCUGAAAUUUACCCUUGAAGAAGUGCUGCUCCCUGAGUUUGAUAGAUUCAAGCCCUAUAUGAAGGAUGCGGUGUCCUUCCUGGAAAUGCUUAGCAACAAGCUUAGCCAAUGCCACAUUGAGAAUGAUGACCAGCAUAUCCACAGAAAUGUACAAAAGCUGAAGGACACAGUGAAAGAGCUUGGAGAGAGUGGAAAGAUCAAAGCAAUUGGAGAAGUAAACUUGCUGUUUAUGUUCCUGCAAGAAGCCUGCAGUUGAUCAUGGAAAAGCUGGAAAAUGGAAAAUAACUCUUCUUGCCUGUGGGAAAUAACAAUAAGAUCCCAAAGAUUUUCUUUCACCAAAAGGAAAAUGGGAGGUCAAACUCCAUAAUCAAGGAUUUAUAAAUAUACAAACCCCUACUUAGUUUAAAAAAGAGAACAAUGUCACUUGUGUCCAUAAGACCAGAAGGUAGCUCUUCCAAGCAUAAUGAGAUUUAUUGCUAAUUGUAGUUGGCAUUUUAUACACAGAAAUUCAUUUUUAAGCAAUUGAAUGCUGAAUGGUCCAUUCUUACAAAAAAAUUACUUCCCAUUCCUUUAGGGGGGA